AUGAAGGUAGUGUGAUUCACUUUCGAUGACGACUACGGAGUACAUGAUGAUGCCUUCAGUUGUGGAGAACCAAUCGGUUUCUUCAAAUUAUUCUUGGACGACGACAUUAUGUAUUUGAUCACUGCAGAAACCAACAAGUAUGGCAAUGCAAAGCUGCCGCAGUUGGGAAAACGUUCACUGAAACCGACAACAAAGAAAUGGGUGGCACUCGAUGGUCAUUCAAUUAUGAGCUCGAUCAUGACCAGAAGACGUUUCGAGGGGCUUCUACGAUUUCUGCAUCUGGUCGAUAACAGUGAAAAUGCUAAUGGGGAUCGUCUUUUCAACAUAUCUCAUUUAUUUGGAGCUGUUGAACGAGCGAUGCAUGAGGUACUGCGAAGCGUCUGUAUCGAUUAG